GAGCAACAGACGACUUAAACCGUUUAAGUGACAGGGACCUAUUCAUCGGAAUUACCAUGCACCCCUUGACUUUCUCGUGUGACAUUACCUGUCCCGCUUUUACUAGAUAAUUGAUUGUACAUUUUCUACCCAAGAAACGUUGAACGUAGAGGUAGUUUAUUGUCAGUAAAAUGAUGUGUACCUAGCGUCAAGAUAAGAAUUUCUCCCCUCAGUCACCAGAGCUAACGUUAGCUACUCGCGACCACCAGCAUCGACCCGAAGCCGUUCUGCAACAUUUCCCCAUCACUGGCAACCAGCAAUGCAGAUGACAUGACGAUAAAGCAGACAGCCUCGUCCUCGUCCAGCCGUCAGUGAACGUGUCUCACAAGUAUCUCCUCUGUCUUGAUCGUUUAUCUUGACAAAAUGAAUUUCUUGCGUAAUCGUCUUGUUGUCCUGGGCCUGGUGUUGUUGGCGACGUUACUGCUGUACCUGCUGCUGCCAUCCAUUCGCCAGGGCAGCAUGGAGCCAUCCCUAGAAGCUCAAAGAAUGGGGCUGAUGGCCACCCCUCCUCCUCCAAUUCCAACCAUCAAUGUGUCCAUUCGCACCGGACAGCUACCCGGGGACCCUCCACUGUUCUUCAGAGAAGCUUUACCUGUUGAUGGAGCUGGACGACAGAUAUUGCCAAGGCUGCAAGUGGUCCUUCUGCAUGGCCAGGCCUUCACAUCCAAAACCUGGGAGGAGCUCGGUACGAUGGCACUACUGGCAACUAAUGGAUAUCAGGCCUUAGCGAUGGACCUUCCAGGUUAUGGAAAAUCGCCCGACUCUGAGGCUUUGAAGACUGAUCAGAAUCGAGCGGACCUCCUUUCAAGAUUCAUGGAGUCUUUGGGUGUCAGGGCAGCUGUGCUUCUGAGCCCCUCCAUGAGUGGACAUUACUCCAUCCCCUUCCUCAUGAAGAACAGCGCUCAGUUACAGGGCUUCAUUCCCAUAGCACCAGUCGGUACACGAAGUUACACUCCACAGCAAUACCAAAAUAUUCAGAUUCCCACUCUAAUUGUGUUUGGAGCCCUGGACACAAAUCUUGGUGCCCAGUCCCACAAGAACCUCAUACAACUUCCACAUCACUUUGUGCUUAAGCUAGAAGGAGCUCGCCAUGCCUGCUACAUGGACAAACCCAGAGAAUUUCACCAAGGCUUGAUCGACUUCCUCAGCAAACUGAACUGAACUGAAGUGAGGUGUGUGUGGUCGAGGAGGUAAAAAAUGGAAACAAAAGAAAGAAGAGGAAAUUGUCAGAGGAACACUCGUCCCCCAAUCAAUGGUUUAGUGUGUUGACAAUUUUGCUAAAAGGUUGUAAGAGCUCUAUUCUUAUUUUAUCAUUACCUGAAGCAAGAACAUUGGCAUGGGAGUAGGUUUUGAUACACGGAAAUGGCCUGUAAAACCUUGUAGUGACAUUUAACACAGUAGUUCAGAUGUUUCCAUCAUGAAAGUAUUAUUUUUCUGUCACCCAAAAAUGCUAGUUCAUCUCAGCUUGUUGUCAAAAUAGCUUCAGAUUUGUAUAGUGGUGAGUUUUGUUUCAUGUGUUUCAUGUCUCUCUUUGCAUGUAAAAAAAACAUGGAAAGUG